GCUUCUCGGUGCAGUGGAUUCUGGGUAAUACGUCAGCCCGCCGCCAUAUCUGUCUUUCAGUACCGACUGAAGGAGAGAGUCUGAAGUCAUGAGGGGAAUCCGAUCGCUCAACAAUAUCCCCAAACGUUGCUAUGCAGCUGCCAGGAGGAGUGCAGCUCUGACUGAACCCCUCACAGUACCGUCCUCACCUGCACCUCUGCCUCCCCAUAAUGUCCAGGUGUCCAAGCUUCCGAACGGUCUGGUGAUCGCAUCGCUGGAGAACAAUUCCCCCCUGUCCAGUGUUGGUGUGUUUGUCAAAGCUGGGAGUCGCCAUGAGACUGUGGACAACCAGGGAGUCUCUCAUGUGCUACGACUGGCAGCAAACCUGACUACUAAGGGUGCGUCUGCCUUCAAGAUCUGUCGCAGUGUGGAAGCACUGGGGGGCAGCCUGAGUGUGACGUCAUCAAGAGAGACCACCGUCUACACGGCAGGCUGCUUGAGAGAUCACCUAGAUUCAUUAUCUGAGUAUUUGAUCAAGGUGAUCACAGCUCAGGAGUUUCGGCCGUGGGAGGUGGACGAUCUGACGUCCAGGGUGAAGAUCGACAAGGCUCUGGCCCAGCUGUAUCCUCAGAUAGGUGUUAUUGACAAGUUGCAUGAAGCAGCCUACAAGAAUGCCCUGUCCAACUCUCUUUACUGCCCGGACUACAUGGUCGGCCGAGUCUCCUCUACACAGCUGCAGUCAUUUAUUGAUGCCAAUUUCACCACUGGCAGAAUGGCUCUUGUAGGACUAGGUGUAAAACACUCCGUCCUGAGGCAGAUGGGCGAGGGGCUCCUGAGCGUCCGCAGCGGGGCCGGAGCCCCUGUGGCUAAGGCUGUUUACCGUGGAGGUGAGCUGCGGAUGCACAACACUGACGACCUGGUUCACGCACUGAUCACCAGCGAGGGUGGUGUAACAGGUAGCGCAGAGGCUAAUGCCUUCAGCGUGCUGCAAAGGAUCCUGGGAGAUGGGCCACAUGUAAAGAGAGGUUCCAACAUCACCAGCAAACUAAGCCAGGGUAUUGCCAAAGCUACCACACAGCCCUUUGAUGCCACAGCCUUCAAUGCCUCAUACUCCGACUCCGGCCUGUUUGGCCUCUAUACCAUUGCACAAGCUGACUCUGCAGGAAAGGUGAUCAAAGCUGCAAUUGCUCAAGUGAGCAGUGUGGCGGAGGGAAAUGUAUCGGAGGAGGACAUGACCAGAGCAAAGAACCAGGCGAAAGCAGAGUACCUGAUGUCAAUAGAGAGCUCUGAGGGUCUGAUGGAGGAGAUCGGUGCUCAGGCUCUGACCACUGCAGCGUACCAGCUCCCUGAUGCGGUUCUCCAGGUUAUAGAUGGUGUCACCCAGGACGAUGUGGUCAAUGCUGCAAAGAAAUUUGUGGAUGGCAAGAAGACCAUGGCAGCUAGUGGACACCUGGUGAAUACACCGUUUGUGGAUGAAGUAUGAAGAUAAAGUAUAAGAACGGUUGAUUUUAACUUGGGCUUGCUGUGAAGCUUCAAAAGGAAAGAGGACCUCGAAGUCACUGCCUCCUGCAACAAUUCAUUUGAUGUCAACAAUCAUUUGUAGUCUGUCCUGCAGUAAGUGUAAGCACCAACGGGGAGAACCAUAAUGCAAUAUCUCUUUUGUUUUUUGUCAAUUUAACUGUAUAUCUAUGUAAAUUAAAGAUGUAAGAAUC